CUGAUUGGCUGUCUUCCCACAGCUGAAUUUGAACCGCGAGUGCCAAAUGAUCAGCAAGUUGGAUGUAAGCCUGUGCAAAAUAUCGCGAUUUUUGGAUGAUUUAUUAAAGCAAGUUAUACCGUUGGUCCAUCAAACUACAUAUUAAUAAUGGCUGAAGAUCCGCCCCUCCUCGGGCUCAGUGUGUUUCAGGAUGGAGAAGCAAAGAUCCGACACUUCCUCUCAGACUUUGAAUCCAAGCACAUGAAAUGGCUGGAAGAGAUCUUGAUAGAAGCCAAGAUGCAUUUUGGAAGGGAUGACAUUCCUCUUUUACCGAAGACUCCUGCAGUCAAGAAUAGAGCACGUAAAGGUCGCGUGGUUGUUCGCAAGAGUUCAAUCGUUCCAAUCCAUGAAGAAACUGAUGAUAUACCAGCUAAAAGAAGUCGGACUUCAGCCCGUCAAUCAACCAAACGUCAAUCAACUAAGCGUCAGUCAUGUAUGUCAGAGUUCCACAAGGAUGCCAUCAAGAGCGCUGCUCUGAUGAGUCCUCCCACUGCCACACCUCCGCGUAAGAAGGUCAAAGAAGAGAUUCUGUCCCCUGUGAAUGCUGCAGUAGAAACAACAUCCGCACCAUCACCUCCCUCGGUUACAGCCAAGGAAGAGGUCGUUGAUCCUGAAGUUGUUGCACUGGCCGAGGUGUCACCGCCGGCAAAACAGUCCCGAGCAACAAGAGCUUCGAAUGUAGCAGUAGAAACAACGUCAGCACCAUCAUCUCCAACAGUGAUUGUCAAGGAAGAGGUUGUUGAACCGGAAAUUAUUGCACCGGCCGAGGCAUCACCACCGGCAAAACGGUCGCGAGCAACAAGAGCUUCGACAAGAGCCUCGACAGCCAGAACGGCAGCCAAGCAAGGACCAAAGACUCGAAUCACUGCAACGAAAGGAAGAGGGUCGAAGAAGAAAAGCAGCACAGAGGCACAAACAUCACAAGAGGAAAGUGCCACUUCAGCAAAGGAGACGGAAGCAACGGUCAAAGUGGAAAAGGCUGCACCUCCUCCAGUCAAGGUUAAGCCGUUGCGGGCUUCAACCAGAGGGGCUACUCGCACAGCAACAAGCACACGUCAGUCGACACGUAGCAGACUUGUACAGAAUGUUAGUCAGUCUCCAGCAUCAAGUCCACAUGUUAGGGCAGAGGCGCCAGGUUCUGUUCGUGGGAAAAGGUUAUGCAGCAAACUGGCUCGUACUCCCCAGACACCUUCAACACCAGGGGCAUCUCGCUACAAAGACCACGUGAAGCGCCUCGUCCAGCUCCAUGAGACGGAGAUCGCCAAGAAACAUACCGCAGAGGAAGCUAGCUCUCCCAAACGACCCAGACUGGGUCAAGCUCCAUGUAGCCCUAAGACCCCUAAGACCCCCAAGGCUAAAACAGCGGCAGCCUCAGGUAGUCCAUUCCGCAGCAGCCCCAUCCUAAGCCUCAAGGUCAGUUCCAAAGCUACAGUCCCCAAAGAGAAACCAGUCCGGAAGAAUGCUCAAGAUGGAACCAAAGCUAAGGCUGUUCUUGGUGAGAAGAAGGCCAAAGAGGUCACUGCGUUCUUCUCAAGUCUCACCUGCAGAGCUGUGGAAGCCAACCCUCCCGCUGAAACUCUGAAGCCGGAAACUUCUGAGGCCUCACAGUCAGAGCAGGAGAAGGCAACGGUAUCGGACGCUCCCACCAAAGCAACCAUCAAAAAUGAUCAUCGGUCAGAUGAUGACGAUGAUGAAGCUGAUCCAGUCGCUGCAGCAGACGACACAGCCCUUUCCCAAGACUCCCUUGAGGAAUCCCCUGAAAGUCAAGAUGAAACGGACAGCCAGUCGUCCACACAAGCCCUGUCCAAGUCGAUAUCCUCAUCAUCUGGAAUGGAGGAAGAUAGCCUAAUGGAGGAGAAGGCGAUCCCUACAAGGAGAAGCAUGAGAAGAUCCACUCGGCGAUCGUCCAUAGCCAUGAGCCAGUCUAAACGCAGGACGUCAACAUACCUGCGUAUGCAUCCGGGUAGACAGUCUUUGAGAAGGUCGAGUGCUAGACUGUCCAAGCGUCUUUCAAUGGCCGUUGUUCAUCAGAUGGAGCGAGACUCUCUGGAACCAACGACAGAGGAGCCGUUGGCCGCCAGGAAGAGUCCAAGGAUAGAAGCUCAGGCAGAUGAGAAGAACACAUCUAGCAGUAGUACAGGGUCCAGUUCGUCUAGCUACGGUUCCUCUGGCUGUGAGUCGGAUGAUAUCAUCGACAAGACUCCUUCACCAGAAUGCCCUCCAUCUAAGGUGAUUCGUCCUCAUCCCAAAUCAUUCUUAAACGUACUGAAUGCCAACAAGAAGAAGAAGCUAGUCUGUCCGGGUACACCUCAGUCCGGGAGCGUUGUUACGUCUUUCAUACAGAGGAAUACACCACAAAAGAGAACCUUCAAGGAGCAACAACAAGAAAGAAAAGCACUGUUACUGGAGAAACAGAAGAAGGAGGAGAAUAUCAAGAGGAAGAUGAUUGAAGAUAGACGGAAGCAAUUGCAAGAUCAAAAGAGAACGCGAGAGGAUAGGAUGAGAAGGGCUAAAGAGACCAGGGCUCUACAAGAGGAGGAGAAGAAGGAGAGGAACCAAAAGAUGCAGGAACGUGAGGAACAUAAACAGACCCUGACAGAAAAACAGAAGGAAGAGAGGAAGAAGGAUGAAGAGCAGAGAGGGAAGAUAUACGAGAAGAAGAAGGCCGAAGCGGAGGAGAGGAGGAAGCAAGAGAUGGAGUCCAAGCUGAGGAAAAUUAAAGAACAGGAGGAGGAGAAGCGUCGUCACCAGCACCUGAUGGACCGGAGGCGAGAGCACGAGGAGCAGGAGAGGCAGCGCCGGGCCGAGGAGCAGAGGCAGCAGGCCGAGCAGCUGCGUCUCAAGCAGGAGAGACUCAGGCUGGAGGAAAUCAUGAAGAAGAAGGAACAAACCCUGAUCAGGGAGAAAGAGCAGCAGAAACUCAAAGAAGAGAGGGAGAGAGAGCGUAAGGAGCAAGACAGAAGGAGACAGCAGGAAGCCGAGCAGAGAGAGAGGGAGAGGAAAGCCAAAGAGGAGGCGGAGAGACAACGCAAGAUAGCUGCAGAGAGAGCGCUCAGGGAAAAACAAAGAAAAGAGGAGGAGACUCACAUCAAGGGUAUAAUGGAGAAGGAGAAAGCCAAACAACAGGAGCACGAAAGACUCAAGGCAAACAUCCUGAAACAGAACACCUCCCUCAACCAGCAGCACAACACCAGCGUAACACACAACUCUACCUUCAACAAGGACAAGGUGGAGAGCUCGCCGCAGUCAUAUGAUCUUACACCACAGAGGAUCCAUGUCGCAGCCUCCGCUGAGAACUACGGUAUUGAUGAUCUCCACAGUGAAGACAGUAGCGAUGAUGAAGAAGCCCCAAGGAAAAAGAUACCAAACUGGGCCCAGGGUGGUGCUCUGAAGACCGCACUCAUCAACCAGCACUACCAUCCGCCCGACUUCCAGAGACUCUUUCCCGAGGUCGACCCUCCCGACCUUAGCGUCAUGUUCAUCAAGAAGAGGGCGCGCUUCACCAAACGUACGAGCUCGGCCGUCUGGAAUUCCCCGAUCAACCUGCACCAUCUCAGAUGAUGAUGAUGAGGACGGCCCUGAAAUUGGCAAUCUUUUUUUUAAUGAACCGCCUAGCUAGUUAUGGAUGAACUCCUCGACCCUGAGGCUGGUGACUUUGACCGUCGUUCAGAAAUAAAGCGGCAAGACCGCAAAGUUUUUUAUGAUGAUGACUUAAAGUGUAAUAUGCUUCGCAUUUCUCUAUCGUAUAACACAGAGCUCGUGAAUACACAUUAGUCCUUUGUUGCACGCAGUUGCCGUUCAAUUCGCAC